ACAUUUUUUCUGGCCGUACGGUCACACGACUCUGUUAAUUGUGCAAAGAAAAGGUGAAAAAAGAGAAAAUUGUUGAAAAAGUCGAAAUAAUUCCAACCGAAAUAGUUUUAUCGCUCAGGCAACAACCAAAGCAGCAGCAAAAUGACGUGGGAACCGCAGGGCGAAGGUCUGCAACAGAUCAUAGCGAUCCUCAAGGAGUCGCAGUCCCCCGACACAGCCACCCAAAUGGCCGUACAAAUGAAACUGGAGGAAUUCAACCGAUAUCCUGACUUCAACAACUAUCUCAUCUACGUACUCACCAAGCUAAAGACAGAGGACGAGCCCACACGAUCGCUCAGCGGCCUGAUCCUGAAGAACAACAUCCGUAUGCACGGCAGCACUCUGCAACCGGAGAUUGUCGAGUAUAUCAAACACGAGUGUCUGCAGGCAGUGGGCGAUGCCUCGCCUUUGAUCCGCGCCACAGUCGGCAUCCUUAUCACGACCAUUGCCAGCAAUGGCGGUUUGCACAACUGGCCACAGCUGCUGCCCUCGCUCUGCGACAUGCUCGAUGCCCAGGACUACAAUGUCUGCGAGGGCGCAUUUAGCGCAUUACAAAAAAUCUGCGAGGACUCUGCCGAGAUCCUGGACUCAGCAGCACUUAACAGACCCCUGAACGUCAUGAUUCCAAAGUUUCUUCAAUACUUCAAGCAUAACAGCCCGAAGAUCCGCUCUCAUGCUAUUGCUUGCAUAAAUCAGUUCAUCAUAAACCGAUCUCAAGCGCUAAUGCUGAACAUUGAUACUUUCAUCGAGAACUUAUUCCACUUGUCCUCGGACGAGGACCACGAGGUGCGCAAGAAUGUUUGCCAUGGACUGGUUAUGCUGCUGGAGGUGCGCAUGGACAGACUCAUGCCGCACAUGUCGCAGAUCAUUGAGUACAUGUUGCUGCGCACCCAGGAUUCCGAUGAGGGUGUGGCCCUGGAGGCUUCUGAAUUUUGGCUGUCGCUGGCAGAACAGAGCAUCUGCAAGGAUGUCCUUGCUCCCUACUUGGCUCAGCUGGCCCCAGUGCUAGUGCGCGGAAUGCGCUACUCAGAGAUUGACAUCAUCCUACUAAAGGGCAAUGUAGAGGAGGACGACAUGGUGCCGGAUCGCGAGGAGGACAUACGUCCGAGAUUCCACAAGUCUCGCACGCACACGAUCAAGAGCGGACAGGAGAGCGGUGGCCAGGGUGCCGGUGCCACAGGCGAUGAUGAUGAUGACGAUUUUGACGACGGACUGGAUGACGACAGCUCCCUGUCCGAGUGGAACCUGCGCAAGUGCAGCGCCGCAGCCCUCGAUGUCUUGGCCAAUGUGUUCCGCGAGGACUGCCUGCCCAUCGUGUUGCCGAUUCUGAAGGACACUCUGUUUCAUCAGGAGUGGGUGAUCAAGGAAAGUGGCGUUUUGGCACUGGGCGCCAUCGCUGAGGGCUGCAUGCAGGGCAUGAUCCAGCACCUGCCAGAAUUGAUCCCAUACCUGAUCUCCUGCUUGUCGGAUAAGAAGGCUCUGGUGCGGUCCAUCACCUGCUGGACUCUGUCCCGCUACGCCAAUUGGGUUGUCAACCAGCCGCACGACCAGUACUUGAAGCCGCUGAUGGAAGAGCUUCUGAAGCGCAUUCUGGACUCUAACAAGAGGGUUCAGGAGGCGGCUUGCUCAGCAUUCGCAACACUCGAAGAGGAAGCUUGCACCGAGCUGGUGCCGUACUUGGAGUACAUUCUGAAGACCCUCGUCUUCGCAUUCUCCAAGUAUCAGCACAAGAACUUGCUGAUCUUGUAUGACGCAGUGGGCACUUUGGCCGAUUCCGUGGGCCAUCACCUGAACAAGCCCCAGUACAUUGACAUCUUGAUGCCGCCGCUCAUCGACAAGUGGAAUCUGCUCAAGGACGAUGACAAGGACCUGUUUCCCUUGCUGGAGUGCUUGUCGAGCAUUGCCACAGCCCUGCAGUCGGGCUUCCUGCCCUACUGCGAUCCGGUGUACAGACGCUGCAUAUCUCUGAUCGAGCAGACCAUCAACCAGGAAAUGCUCUGCAAACAAAACCAAACCUUUGAGCAUCCCGAUAAAGAGCGCAUGAUUGUGGCCCUGGACUUGCUAUCCGGUUUGGCCGAAGGCCUGGAUCGCCACAUCGAAACUUUAGUGGCCAACAGCAACAUCAUGCGCCUGCUGUUCCAAUGCAUGCAGGACAUUUUGCCAGAGGUGCGCCAAUCGUCCUUCGCUCUGCUGGGCGAUCUGACUAAGGCUUGCUUUCCACACGUGCACCCCUUCAUGGCCGACUUCUUUCCCAUCCUGGGUCAGAAUCUGAACCCCGAUUUUAUCUCGGUGUGCAACAAUGCCACCUGGGCCAUAGGGGAGAUCUGUAUGAAACUGGGUGAGGAGACCAAGCAGUACAUACACCUUGUACUCAGCGACCUGUUCGUCAUAAUCAACCGCCCCAAUACGCCCAAGACUCUGCUGGAGAACACAGCAAUAACAAUCGGUCGUCUAGGUUAUGUGUGCCCAGUUGAAGUGGCUCCUUUUUUGCCCGAUUUUGUACGACAGUGGUGCACGUCGCUGCGUCACAUACGCGACAACGAUGAGAAGGACUCGGCCUUCCGUGGCAUGUGCCACAUGAUCACAGUGAACCCAGCCGGCGUGGUGCCCGACUUUAUAUUCUUCUGCGAUGCCAUUGCCUCGUGGGUGAAUCCCCCACAGGAUCUUCAUCAGAUGAUACAGAAGAUUCUCCACGGCUUCAAGACCCAGGUGGGUGAAGAGAAUUGGCGUCGAUUUGUGGAACAAUUCCCGCCAACUUUGGCCGAGCGCCUGGCCACCAUGUACAACAUCUAAGGCCGGCAGAUCGAACAAACAGCACCACCCACCUGCACUCGCUAGCGAUCUAAGCAGCCACUUCUUAACUAGACAAUUAUUUAAAAGUAUGCGUAGUAAGCCAGUCGGUGUCUCUGACCUUUAGAGCUUUAAGUUAUCCGAUUCGAUGCUGUUCGAAUGUUGCGUUAAUAUUGAAAUCUAAGCUUAUAGAAAGAAAAAAACAAAAAAAAACACACAAAAAAAAAAAAAGCAAUUCGUAUAAAAGAAAAUUGCAUAACCAUACAUAUAACCACAGACAUAUAUCAAUAUAUCCAAUAGAGAAGAGCUAACCCAGCCAGUAGGCAGUCGUCUGUCCGUACUUCGAGCAUGCCAAAUGCCAGAGUCCAACCAUUGAGGUGGAACUCAAUGGGCAAACCGUAAAACUAUGUGUUCCGGCCGUACUUAACCGGAGUCAGUGCUAUAGAUAUACCCAGUCCAACAAUACACUCAGACCUAAGCCCCCAAAACUGUGAUCAACGCACGGGUGUUGAUCACACCUAAAAGGAAUCUGUAAAUCUCUUCGUAACUAAUGAUAUUGCGGGUCGUGUCGCGGUAAAUAAAACUAAAGCUAAUAGUAAACAAUCGUCUGGUGAGGGCGAUGCGUUCGUUGGGGCGAUUCUAAGAUCAAGAUCGAAAGAAAUAGCUGGCAUAUGCAAAGAAAAAAUUACAAAUCAAAAAAGACUGAUGUUUAACCAAACUCCGUUCAAAACCACAGACAGCAUUCAACAAAAGCCGAUAGGAAUUCCCCAACUGAAGGCAGAGCUUUCAUCAAAUAACAAUCGAAAUAAUCGAAAUGAAAAAUCGGAAAAAUCGCGGAAAAUCGUCGCGUUUCGGGUUCUAACGGUUUCGCGUUCGCGUAUUAUCGUCGCUCGUUCGUUCGUUCGUAAAUCUCGUAAUCGUCGUGUCGUGGUAUCUCGUCGGGUAAACUGAAAAUGAAAAUGAAAGCAAAUAAUACAAGGAUAAUAAAUAAUGCAACUGUUACUGAUACAAAUUUACUUAUACACUACAUGAUAUUCAUAUGCUAUACAAAUUAGGCAUGUUUUUAAGCAUUGUGAAAGCGAAAGCAGAUAGGGAAACAAACUUAAAUUGAGAUUAGGAUUUCGUUGGGUAACUUAUUUCAUUUUCGAUACUGUGCGAUUCUUCAACUGAAUGCGAAAGAAACCAUUGACUGAUCACAUUUUAAAGUAUUAUUAUAUAAUUUGUUUGUGAAUAGGGACAAGUGUAAUUAAUUAUUCAUUAUUUUUUUCACUUUUUUUGUCGAUUAUUUUUCAAUAAUUUUAGUAGGGCUGUCUUUUGCGUAGUCUUUAUAAUUUACCAUUUUUGUGUAGGGAAAAAGUAACUUUUUACGAUUGUACGAUUAGGUGUAAAGUUUAAUACUAAAUGGAAACAAAAGUCUUUGAAAUUGUCGCGGAACAACUAAAAAAUAAAGCUAGGGAAAACCAAACUCAGUCAAACUAAAAUAUGAACAAAUGUAAAAGAAAUGCAAAAGAAAAACCAAGUAAAUCUAAGUAAUAGUAUUAUGUAAUUAUGUUUUUAUUUCAUUAAAAAAAGGGGGAACGUGUGAUAAUAAAGUAACUUCGGGUCGUUCGUUCGCGUCGCGUUAAUCUCAAGAAACUAAAACCUAACAACAAGGGACUUUCGCCCCCGAGUCCCAAAUAAUAAUCGAAAAACUGAUAACUAUAAUACGGUCUAACUAAAAGGAAGAGGCGUAGCCUGUCGGGCAGGCCAUCGCCGAAACUGAAACUAAACUAAACUAAAUGAAAAAUCGUGAUUUCGUUGUACCUUAAUCCGGAUUCAUCGCGGAAUCCGGUCGCGUUCGCGUGCGUUUGUAUCUCUCUCGGGUGAUCUUAGUGAUUAGCGUUUAAGCAGUAAACUAAAAGAACAUAAAACAGAUGUAACACACCAACACUCACAACACCAUUGAACAUAUACACCACUGAUACAUAUAUACAACUAUAAAGAAUAUAUUUAUAGAUUUUAUGCGAAAUAGGUUUUGUUCUAUGCAUAUUAUUUUCAAUACUAUAUAGUAGGGUAAACCGAAACAAAAACAAAUACGAGUAGGGAUGUUAGGUCUAAUUAGGACGAAAAAGGAAAAGCAAAAGCAAAACGUAACAAAGAGCAGGAAGAUUCGAUCGAUGUGCAGCAAUAGGCCAUUAUUGUUUCAUAGCCCCUACAAUAAUCAAAAGCAUGUAAUUAAACUUAAGUUUUGAGAACCAACCAACUGUUUUAGACACUUUGGCUUUUGUUAUCUGUUCCAACUCUAAACGAAUCAAGACCAAUACUAGUUAAUGUUGUUUUAAUAACACACACUCACGUAUGUCGUAACUCAGCCCACAGGUCUAAUAGGUUCCCAACCUUUAACCCUCUUUAUCUGCCAACUUAAGAUUUAAUCAACUCCAAUCCAAUAGGUGUGACAAUGUCUAAAUACACGCUCGUACACACUAAACAUACAUACGCAUAAAUAUACAUUAUGAAGAGGUACAUGCUACUAUGUAUAAUCCCCCCAUAUAGAUAUACGGAUUCGAGACAUUGGCAAUUGAUCAUUCUUUGGAGUCUAAAUAUUGUUUAACUGUUGCUCCAUAUCCAAUUCGACUAUGUGUACAUUGAAAGUAUAUAUCUGAAUAAAUCUGUAUGUAUAAUA